UCGGCAGCUCCCAACGCGGCUCCGCUGCGGCAAGACAUGCGUACAACGGCUGACCUAUGCGUCGAACGAAACGCGCACCCGUCACAGGGGGGGCCGCCCGUCAAAAUCAAUAACAAACACCCGUUUCCCACCCACAGGGUAUAAAUUGGCGCCGCUUCCCGGCUAACCCGAAGUCUUUCGAGAUCCGACCUACAGUUCGCUCCAGUUUACCGCGAGGGGAAGCUCUAGUCAGCUCCCAGUGCACAGUGCAGUGCAAAAGAAGCCCAUUGUUCCCGUGAUGUCUUCAGAAGAAUUUUACUGGCGCAUCGCGAGAGUCAUAGAAACUUGAUCCAGAAUGGAGAGCGAUGUAUUGCCGGAAGACCCAGCCAAGCAAUGGGAGAUUCUUCUGUGCAUUAUCGCGUUCGAGGAGAAGAAUAACAACCGGCGAGCUGAUGGGUCACUGGACAAUCUGGCGUACUUCUGGAAGCACCAUGGCAUCAGGCACAUCUUUGGUGAAUGGUUGGUGCAAAUGAAAAACAAGUAUGACUGUAAAAUGUCCAAUGACUCAUCAUCGCUCAAAAGUGACGAGAUCUCUCUUCUGUGGCGGAAGAGGGGUAACGUCAAAUAUAAAGCAGGGAACUACAGAGAGAGCCUUCAAUGCUACACGAAGGCUGUCCUGUAUGCGGUCAAGACGGGCCCGAUGUACUCUCUCGCUCUGGCGAAUAGAUCAGCAGCAACAGUCAAACUUGGACUGUACAAGGAAUCGCUAACAGAUGUACAUCGAGCCUUCUGCAACCGCUACCCUAUAGAACUGCAGCACAAGCUGUUUCUUCGUAGAGCUGAAUGUUUCGUGGAGACAGGACACCGUCAAGCGGCAGCCGAGGCAGUCAAUGCUGCACUCGAUCACAAUGAAAAGGUCGGGCUGACUGGGCACUCACUUGCUGAAUUCGAACGCCUGGUCAACGAAGUGAACGAGAAGAUAGCAACAUCUCGCAAGUACCCGGUGACGGAGUAUGACUCGUACCCUCAGCUGCACAAUGGAGAGAACCCCAACUUCAGGGGAGCUUCAAUGGUUGUUGAUCUGAAAAUGAACGAACAACAAGGUCGCCACGUCGUCACUAAUCGACCAGUGAAGAGAGGCGACGUCCUGUUCGUCGAGCAAGCGUUCGCGUCUGUUCGUCUGAGCGACAAACAUUUGCCGAACCCCAACUAUUGCGACUUCUGCUGCGCCGGCGACGAAUCCGUGAUUGGAUGCGAUUACUGCUCUCGGGCAGUCUUCUGCAGCGAGUCCUGCCUAUACCACAGCAAUGCGUCAUACCACCGUUGGGAGUGCCCCGGCGUAAGGGCCAACAUAUUCAACGUUAUCGGCAUCUCACAUCUCGCACUCAGCAACUUAACCCAACACCGUGGGAAUUGUCCCGGAAAUAAAAAGAACCUUACUACAGUUUUUGGUCUUGCCCACCUCGCUUUUAGGGUGUUGAUUCAAUACGCUCAAAGGGGUUUCCCUAGGCUGCCAGCCGGUUCUGGGUCCCCGAGGACGGCUGCUGAUUUAUUUGAUGCCUAUAUGAGAAUUGGGAAGGUCGAGUCUUUUAAACGAGAUCUCGAUCCUUUCUACACGAUGUUCCACUUAUCGUCGAACGUCGACGCGGCGCCCAUAACGGAUAACAUCCAAUAUGCGCUGACCGCCACAAUGCUUACACUUUACCUGGAGACAUGUACCCCGUUUUUCGACUUCUUUACGGACAAAGUCGGAUAUGCGUUGCCUCCGGAAGAAAUGAAGUUACUGGCUUGUGCGUUAAUAUUUCGCACGCUUGGCCAAUUGGUUAUUAACGCUCAUACGGUGUUAGAUAUUAACACCUCGCAGCAGCCUUCGGAAAUGUUCCCUGGGGACUAUCUGGAGUGCUUCUGUAAAGUGGGCACCGCGAUCUAUCCCGCGGCGAGUAUGAUGAAUCACUCCUGUGAUCCGAACAUCAUCAAUGUGUUCUACAGGAAUCAGCUUUUUGUAAAAGGGAACAAAGAAAUCCCUGAAGGAGCUGAAGUAUUCAAUUCAUACGGUCCUCACUACGCUAGAGAGGCUCUUCACAUCAGAAAAGAGAAACUGCAAGCGCAAUACGGAUUCAACUGCGCUUGCCAAGCCUGUAGUGAUGACUCAAGGAAAGAUUUUACCUCGCUGUUCGUGGCCUUCUCUUGCCCCUCGUGCAAGGGCCCGGUGACUUGGGUGACUAAUAAGAACCAGUGUCACCAGUGCACCAACGAAUUCCCAUUACUGCGCGCUCAGACCACCGCCGACACAGCUAACGCCCUGCACGCAUCAGUUAAAUGCAAGCGAUGCAGUUGGGAUCUCGAUGGGGCAAGUGUAAAGUUACUCUACGACAAGGGGAUUGAGUUCAAAUUGUCAGCGUUACGAGGCAGCACCCCUGAAGAACGGUGCGAGCUAAUGGCUCGUGCUUACCGCCUCAUGCAACAAGUGCUCUACAGACACCACAACGUAUUAAGGAAGACUGUCGACGAUCUAGCUCGUCUUUACGCCUCUAAUGGCGACUAUUCACGCGCAGUCGAGUUAAUCAAACAAAAUGUCCAAAGUUUCGAGUAUCAGUUUGGAUCCUUCAGUGUGGAGGUGACAAACGAGAUACGCAAAAUGGCCAACUUAAUGUUAGGCCGAAUCGUCAAAUACUUCGACGACCCUGAGGGAGAUGAACGCCAGCCAGUCAACAUUCGUGACUGGAUGCGUGAAACUCUCAAGAUAGUGAAGAAAGCCAACCAGCUCAUGGAGCUGAACUUCGGCACCUGGAAGCCCAUGUACGCCAACCUAAAGGGCAAGGAAACACUUCUUGAAGAGUUAGUCACCGCACCCAGAGUCCACAAUUCACCGGACUGCAUCAACUAUAAGCUGCAAAUGAUGAACGUCAUAUAAAGCUAAGUUUAGAGAUAAGGUUAUACGUCCAAUUUAACUUCAGGGCGUCAAACCCCUGGAGUAUGCUUGUAUGUGAUAAAACGCAGGGCCUAUGCGAGUAUUUUCUGACUGUGCAUAUAGUAAAAAUUGUCGACGCGAGGAAUUUAAAUCCUUUUAGGUAAUUGUCCCAAAUCGUAAUUAAGAAUCGACAAAAAAUUGAACAUUGAACAAUUUUUGAAUUCGUGUAUGCGAAGAUCGAACCCGCGCCGCCUUGUUUUUGCAGUGGACCUGGCGUGAGACUAUACUAUGCGGAAUUUUAUACUUUUGGGGGUUUUCUGCGAAUUUGCACAUAGGCCUGGCGACUUUUGUUGGCAUACAAGUGCAAAACGAUGGUACAUUUUCUUUAACUGUAGUACCAUCGCUAGUCUCGACUCCCGAAAAAACCUAGUAAGAUAUUGCCGGUUACGUAGAAGCAAGAGGUACUUGAACCUUUAGCAGAAACGUGACUUACAGAACCGGUUCAAACCGAUUCUUCAGUGUUAUUUCAGAUCUGGGUUUCUUCGCAUAUUGAGGCUUAAAUAAGAAGGAUUUGAGGGAUAAUUUGAAAGGAAAACAUCUUAAGGUGGAACCGGCGUAUUUUUAGUCAGCGUGUUAAACAUGCUGGGAUAGAAUGGGAAGUUCUAAGAUAUGUAACAUGCGUGUGUCAGGGUGUUUCAGAAGGGUCUAAUAUUAAUCUAUAUUUUGUUUUGUAGGACUAAAUGGUAGAUAAUUCGAAAUUUCUGUCGGACGUUAUAUAUAGUCUGCUGUAUCAGUGGUUUUCGGAAUCAACAACUCGUAUGCCGUUCGAAUAGGGAAGGAGGAAAAUCUGACACCUUUUUACAUACCAACUCAUACACCGUGAUUUUUUAGUCGGCUUACAAAAGCAGCCCAGUUCAUGUAUCCAAUGACGAGAACACGUUCA